AUGGAUAUGUCAUUCAAACUUUACAUACUUUUAAGCAAUGAUCCUGAAGUCCAUGUGGUUAACAUUUACAAAGAUAAUAAGGAUAAAAAUGGUUACGUUAAACUUAAUGAAACAAAAUACUUUUUAGACCUACUUGAAGUUGUACACCUCAGGGACUAUGUCUGUAGUAUUAAAGAAGUUAGUGAUUCUGACAAAAGCAAUUUGAAACUUUGGAAAGUUAUUAGUGUUAAGAGUAAAAAUAUUAAAAAACAAAAUAUUUUUACUGAAGAAAACAUUAUAUACGAACUUAAAGGAAACGAAAUGGAUCUUGAAGAACUGUUUAGUAAUUAUUUUCAAGAUGAAUUAGAUAAUAAAAAUAAAUCUGAAAGUUCCAUCAUCACCAUCAUCCCGCCAGUAGUAAAUGAUACCAUUAAAACCCUCUGGAAUGGUAAUACAGGGCAAUCUGAGAUUGUGAGACGAUUUCAAUUCCAUAUGGAAAAUGACAAAAGUUAUCAUCCAAUUCCUGUCAUAGUGGGUGGACCUGGAGUUGGAAAGAGCAGAUUUCUAGACGAAGUUGAAGAAUUAAUCUUGAAAAAAGCUGAAGAAUAUCAUAAUAAUGCUUUUACAAAUAUGAUUGCCAUCAAUACAACCUAUGGGAAUUCAACCGUCGCUGAUGAUAUUGAUGAAAAGAUUCAAGCAUAG